AUGUCUACCCACAAAGCCCUUGUCAUCCACACCCUGCAGCAGCCUCCAUCAAUCAUUGAACGGCCAACUCCAGUUCCAAAGGAGGACGAAAUUCUUUUGAAAGUAUCAAUUGUUGGAUACAACUUGCCCUCGCCCCUAGGAGUAGAUAUCGUUGGUGAAGUCGUUAGCUGCGGCCGCGAUGUUACCCAAUACCAGGUUGGCGACCGUGUUUUCGCGUUCGGCAGUCCGUUUUCUGCGGACAGUACUGGCACCCAAGAAUACUGCGUCGUACCGGCAUGGCAGUCAGCCCCGCUGCCGAAGGGCAUAAGCGCUGACGAAGCGGCGACUUUCCCGCUGAACGCCAUGACCAUGGUGUUUGCCUUGCUUCACAAGACUGGCUUGAACUUGCGCAGUCCUUUUGGUGCCGACAAGGAUGAAUGCAACUACAGCGCGGAAUCAAUCCUGAUCAUCGGUGGCGGGACAGCUACCGGCAACUUUGGCGUGCAGCUGGCUCGGUUAGCGAAGUUUGGGAAUAUCAUUGUGGUGGCAUCGAAAGCAAGAGAGUCCCAGCUCAAGGUUCUCGGGGCCACGACUGUUAUUGACCGCGGACUGGAUGAAUCUCAGAUUGAGAACCAGAUUGGCGAUGUCGACGAGUCUCGAAUCGGGUCAAAGUUUGCUGGUUACGUUCGGAACCAAGUGUUGUGUAACACGAUGAAAUAUCCGCAUACCACGAAGGAAUUUUGGGGUGUGCUGCCAAACUUGAUCGAAAAUGGUACCCUGCGGCCGACGACUUUUCAGGUCGUGGACGGUCUGGACAUUGAGACAGUCGACACUUUCCUCGUCAACUACAGCCGCGGUCUGGGACAAACCAAGCCUCACUUCCAUUUGGGGAAUACCUUCGCAUACUGGUAA